GGAAAAGGAAGUUGACUUGAUUAGAAAAUAUAAUCAUAGCUUAAUUAUAGUAACCACUAAUUGUUUCACUACGACUAUAAAACCAAGUCAAUAGUAUUUGUUUUAUAGGUAUUAGUGCAAAAUCAAUUUAAUGAUAUGGCUGCUCCUCCGGUGAAUCCUUUACCAAUAGCAUACCAAGCAUGGACAAGUUUAGCAGUACCAGAUUGGUUAAACAAAGGAGACAACACAUGGCAAAUGGUUGCAGCUACACUUGUCGGAAUUCAAAGCAUGCCGGGGUUAGUUAUCCUCUACGGCAGCAUAGUCAAGAAAAAAUGGGCCGUAAAUUCUGCUUUCAUGGCCCUUUAUGCUUUUGCGGCAGUAUUAAUCUGUUGGGUUACGUGGGCUUAUAAGAUGUCAUUCGGUGAGAAACUUUUACCCUUUUGGGGUAAAGCUGGGCCUGCUUUGGGCCAGAAGUUUUUAAUAAAACAAGCUGGGCUACCUGCUACUGUGCAUUAUCAUCAUGAUGGUAGUUUGGAAACUGCUGAAAUUGAACCGUUUUAUCCAAUGGCUACUAUGGUUUGGUUUCAAGGUGUUUUUGCGGCUAUUUCGGUUAUUCUUUUGGCUGGUUCUGUUUUGGCUAGAAUGAGUUUUAAGGCGUGGAUGAUGUUUGUUCCACUUUGGCUUACUUUUUCUUAUACUAUUGGGGCUUUUAGUUUGUGGGGGGGUGGAUUUUUGUUUCAGUGGGGUGUAAUGGAUUAUUCUGGUGGUUAUGUUAUUCAUCUUUCUUCUGGGAUUGCUGGAUUCACUGCUGCUUAUUGGGUGGGGCCAAGAUCGAAGAGGGACAGGGAGAGAUUCCCGCCAAACAAUGUGUUGCUAACGUUAGCCGGGGCAGGGUUACUAUGGUUGGGAUGGGCAGGUUUCAACGGAGGAGAUCCCUACUCCGCCAACACAGAUUCAUCCAUGGCGGUGCUAAACACAAACAUUUGCGCAGCCACCAGCCUGUUGGUGUGGACAUGGCUUGAUGUCAUAUUCUUCAAGAAACCAUCCGUUAUUGGAGCUGUUCAGGGCAUGAUCACUGGUCUUGUUUGCAUCACUCCCGGCGCCGGUCUUGUUCAAGGAUGGGCUGCCAUAAUAAUGGGAGUGCUAUCAGGAAGUGUGCCAUGGUACACAAUGAUGGUACUUGGAAAAAAGUUAACAAUAUUUCAAAAGGUUGAUGACACCCUCGCCGUCUUCCACACUCACGCGGUCGCCGGUCUUCUAGGCGGUGUACUCACCGGCCUAUUCGCCGAGCCAACACUAAGUACUCUCUUUCUUCCCGUCACCAACUCCAAAGGAGGUAUAUAUGGUGGUCCGGGGGGUGUCCAAAUCCUUAAACAAAUAGUUGGUGGAUUAUUCAUCAUUGGAUGGAACAUUGUUGCCACUUCAAUUAUUUGUGUAUUUUUAAGUUACAUUGUUCCUCUUCGAAUGACGGAGGAAGAGUUGCUUAUUGGAGAUGAUGCUGUUCAUGGGGAAGAAGCUUAUGCCUUAUGGGGUGAUGGAGAGAAACUUAGCCUUUAUAAUGAUGAUACUACACACCAUGGAGUUCUGGCAUCAAGUGGUGCUACUCAAGUUGUUUAGUUGGAAUAUGGAGGAGGAGUAUACUUCAAUUCAUAUAUGAUUUAUUAUGAGGAAAACAAAUAAUUAAUUUGUUUUCUGGUUUUUAUAGUUUACACGAAGUUCCUGUCAAAAAAAUAAUUAAAAUUAGCUGCAAUUAUUGAUUUUAUUAUAUGUUUUCGUUUCAUCUCCAAACUUUAAUGAACAUUUUAUAUAUGUCUAA